AUGAACUCAGGAUCUGCUUCACCUGAAAAUUAUUAUAAUAACAAUCAACAACAUCAUGAAUCAAUACGAAAUAUAAUUGCUUCGAAUUUUAAAGAUUCUUCAACUUCAACUUCAACUCCAAUGAAUCGAAAAAAAUCUAAUUCAAUAAGCAACGGAGUUUUAGCUCAUUCUCAUUCAAAAGCAAAUAAUUCCAAAAAAGUAUCAUUUUCAAAUUAUGAUUCUAUGAAUUCUUCUGACGUAUAUGGUGAUGAUGAAUCCGAUGAUUCUGAAAGAAGUUAUUCUAGUGAAGAAGAAGAUGAUGAUGAUGAGGAAGAGGAAGAAUUAGCAAAAGAUGAUGAUACCAAAGUAGUACUACGUCAACCCAAUUUUCAAAAACAUCUUCAGCAGCAACGUCAAUCACCAGGAUUAGCUCAUUUUACAACUAGUGUAACACCAUCACCAGCAAGUUUAUCUCCAAAGAAAUUUAGAAAGAAAACCAUCCGAAAACCAAUGAGAAAAUAUCAAGGAGGUGCAAAAUUGGCAAUUUCAAAAUCAUUAGACUCACAAUUAUUAGAAACUACAGAUUCAAAUAAUCUGAUCAUUUCAAUUCUACCAGAAUUUAAUAAAAGGCCUUUAACUGAUACUCCGAUUGUUGGAUCUCCUAGUAAUUAUACUGAAGAAGAUGAAGAGGAACAACAAAUUAUUGAAGAAGAAGAAGAGCCUUUACAAAAGAAUAUUUCACAUCUAAAUUUAUCAGAUAUGGGAGAAGAAAAAGAUGACAAGAGUAAUUCGAAACUUGCCGAAAGAAGAAAUUCUGCUGCAAUGGUUGGUGCUUCAAUGUUAGAUAAUAAAAGACCUUCAUUACAUCAAGCAUAUACAAGUCCAAUUAAACCAACUAUAGUAGUUGAUGAUUUAAAAUCCGGAUCUAUUUCUCCAAUGACUUUAGAUAAAAAUGCAAUACAUAUGAAUUCAGAAAUUAAAUCUCAUUUAUUGAAAGAUGUUCCAAAAGAAAUGAAGGAGCAAUUUGAAAAAACACCAUCAUUAGAAAAGUUGAAAAAUUUAUUAAUGACAAAACCACCUCCAUCAGCAAGAAAAACUUAUACAUUAAAUAUACCAGGUCAAACAUCAUCAAAAACUUCACCCGAUGGUAAAAUUGCUUCCGUUGAUGUAGGAAGUAAAUUAGUUAUAGUAAUGGUCGGAUUACCUGCAAGAGGUAAAUCGUAUAUAACAAAUAAACUAACAAGAUAUCUAAAUUGGUUACAACAUGAUUGUAGAGUUUUCAAUGUUGGUAAUACAAGAAGAAAAGAUAAAUUAAAUGCUGGACCUGAAAAAAAUCCAUUACCAGAUUCUCAAACUCCUGAAAAAUCUCCAAAAGUACCAUCAAAAGAACAUGAUGCUGCUUUUUUCAAUCCAGAAAAUCAAGCAUCAACUCUAUUGAGAGAGAAAUGGGCAAUGGAUACCUUAGAUCAAUUAUUAGAUUAUGUCAUAAAUGGUUCUGGUUCAGUAGGGAUUUUUGAUGCAACAAAUUCUACCAAGGCAAGGAGAAAAAGAGUACUUAAAAGAAUUCAAGAACGUUCAAAUGGUGAAUUAAAAGUGUUAUAUCUUGAAAGUAUAUGUAGUGAUCCAUCAAUCAUUGAAGCAAAUAUCAGAUUAAAAUUGAGUGGACCAGAUUAUAAAAAUAUGGAUCCAGAAUUAGCAUUGAAAGAUUUUGUUGGUAGAUUAUUAAAUUAUGAAAAAGCUUAUGAAACAAUUGAUGAAGAAGAGGAAAAAAUACCUGGCUUUCAAUAUGUUAAAAUGAUUGAUGUUGGUAAAAAAGUUGUUUCAUAUAAUAUUCAAGGUUUUUUAUCAUCACAAACUGUUUAUUUCUUAUUAAAUUUCAAUUUAGCUGAAAGGCAAAUCUGGAUUACAAGACAUGGAGAAUCUAAAGAUAAUCUUUCAGGUAGAAUAGGUGGUGAUGCUCAUUUAACUAAACGUGGUCAAAAAUUUGCGAAAUCUUUAUGUAAAUUUAUGAAUUUUCAAAGACAAGAAUUUAGAAAACAACAAUUGGAAAGCUUUAGUACUAGGUUAGAAUUGAAAUAUAAUUCAAUAUUUAAUGAAAAUGAUGUUGCAACUUUGGAUUCAAUACCAACAGAACCAAAUUUUUGUGUUUGGACAUCAAUGUUAAUUAGAGCUAUUGAAACUGGUAAAUAUUUUAAUGAUCAAUUAUAUUCAAUUAAGCAAAUGAGAAUGUUGAAUGAAUUAGGUGGUGGGAAAUUUGAAGGAAUGACAUAUGAUGAAAUUCAACAAAAAUAUCCAAAAGAAUUUCAAUCAAGAUUAGAAAAUAAGUUAAGUUAUAGAUAUCCAGGUGUUGGUGGUGAAUCUUAUUUAGAUGUUUUAACAAGAUUAAGACCGUUGAUUACAGAAAUAGAAAGAACAACUGAUCAUGUAUUAAUUAUAUCACAUAGAGUUGUAUUGAGAAUUUUAUUAGCAUACUAUUUAAAUUUAGAUAAAUCAAAUAUUGGAGAAUUAGAUGUUCCUUUACAUACUUUAUAUUGUUUAGAAUCAAAACCUUAUGGAACGGAUUAUACAAUGUAUGAAUAUGAUGAAAAAUCAGAUUGGUUUAAUAAAGUACAACCUGAUCAUCAAAAGAAUAUAAAAGAAGUUGGUGUUGUAUUUAAAGAACGAAAAUAUUCAGUUGUACCAACUGCCCCACCAUCUCAAAAGCAAAGAAAAAGUAUGCAUCAUGAAACUAAAGAAGAAGAUGAUGAUUUUAGUUUAAGAAGAAGUUUAUCAUUUGGAUAUUCUUAUCUUCCCAAUAAUCAACCGACAUUAUCAAUAACUGACGAUUCAAUAACGAAAAAUUUACAAAAUAAACGAAAACCUACAUAA